AUGAGCAUGAUCAGAGAAAACUACCGCCUUCAGUCCGACAGACGCCAGUUCGGAGGUCUGAUGAUGAUCUUGGGUUUCUGUGCCAUAAUUCAGCCUCUCGGAGGCAUUGUUUCCAGUUUUGGGCCCGACGGCGCCCUUACCACCGAUCCCAGUGAGAUUCCAUUCUGGGGAAUGAUUGCAGCCUUUUGCCUCUUCACCAAUGGUGUCGUUGCCGUCAUCAUUGGAUACAUGUCUACCGUGCAUGAUUGGAGCCACCGAUAUCUGACUGCCUUUUCGGUUCUUAUCAUCCAAACUGCGUUUAUCCCCUACAUUACUGAUAUGACUGCCGUGGGAAAGGGUGCAACAGCAUCUCUGGAGGAGCAACAAUUCAUCCCUUCCGAUUAUGAGCCAACCGAGACUGAUGUGAAGUUCGUCGGUGCUAUGGGCAUUCUGGGGAUUGCAACUUACGGUUUCGCCUUUGUGGGAGCCAUCUCAUUCAUGGCUUUCUGCCUACACGCAUACAAUACCGGUACACCCGAGCAACGCAGCGGCGCUUACUUUGAAGGACGUAUGGGCUUAUAUUCCUUUAUUUUGGCCCUUGGUGGACUUGCUCAGUUGAUGCUUGGAGCCUACUGUCGCGUCAAGUUUGACAAUGCCGUCUAUCGCGAAGGCAUCGUUCACGUUGCCAUGUUCUUUGUCAGCUACCCAACAAUCUCCAUGUGUGUGGGAUUGAUUCAGGUCUUCACAGGCAUUUGGGGAGUCUUCCGAUCUGUUGGCUAUCACAGUGGACCCAAUGAUUACUAUUAUCAAAUUAUCCUGACUGCCCAAUGGGUUGCUGUGCUGACCUUGCAGGUGGUUGCACAGAUUGCUUAUGCUCCAGAAGGCGAAUUGGCCCUCGCCGCUCCAACAGUUGCUGCCAUGAGCUUGGGUAUCAAUCUCAUGCCUGCCUUCCUUGACCAAAAGAUGAGGACCCUGCCAGCCCAGUUUGAUGCCAACUACUCUGCCUUGCCAACACACCGUGACGUGAAAGAGUUGUCUGAGUCCGGGUCCAUGCCCUCCGGAGUCACAGCCGAUGAGGUUGCCAUGCCCGAAAUUCCCGAAACCUCCGUCGAUGAGGAACCCAACAUGUCAAUGAACAUGAUCGCCGAGAUUGAAGUCUAA